CUCGCCGACCCCCGCCGAUUAAGAUGCACCGUCGCCACGACUCCCCCAGGACGCUCCCGCCUUCCGACCAGGCCGUGGAGACUUGAGAUGGGAACGUCACCUGCCGUCGAUUAGAGCGCCGAGUGCGUGUGUGAGAGCUAGCCCGAGGUGUGCGCACAGCACUGUCUACCGGAGCUUAUCCGCCAAGCCGAAAAUCGCGCCAUCUGUACAUCGCGAUCUAUUACCAGCAAAGGGAAGUUCCUAGUUUUUGGAAAAGUACGUGUGCGAGACCCAGUCCACAGAGAGCUUAUAGCGUCAUCUACUUGCGCCCGCCCGGAGCUUUUCUGCGUAUUCAGGAAUCGCGCCAUCUGCAAGUCGCGAUCGGAACUGCUUGUGAUCGGCAGUGCCAUCUGUUAACAGCAACUCGAAGCUUCUUCUAGGUUUCGGGAAAGUGCGUGUGCGGGACUCAGCCCAGGUGUGCUGACAGCGCUAUCUACCUAAAUCUACCUGGGAGUUUCUUCGUGAUCGGAAACCACGCUAACUUUUCCUGCCCAUCGAGAUCGGAGUGUCAACCAUCGGAAGCCACACUGAGAUUCGGCGAGUUAUCUCACUUUCAAUAUUUGAACUUCUGAGGUUAGAUUGAAGCUAUGUGAUACGAUCUAAAGCUGUCUGAUGUCAGAACUUUUAAACAAUUCAACGCAAUGCGCUAUCUUUCGCUUUGCUAAAUAAGCCAUUGUAACUAACGAGAGUUCAGGUGCGUGCGAUACAUUCCAGACCCGAGUUUCAUCUGAUGGUGGAAAUUUUAUUCGGUUUUCUCGCAAGACCCAGAAGGAACUAAAUUUCGAGGUGUGGAUUUGGAGCGAAGCUAUUGGCGCGCCCUCUGGCGGUGAGAAGGGGGCACUGUCGGUUUGCGUUAUGAGUGGCCCGUGCGGAAUACUGGGGGUUUGCUGAUGGCAGCCGAGACGACUGUGAGGGUGUGGUCCACCGAGGGGGAGCCCCUGGGGUCGCCCCUCGGGGACAAGGGGGAGCGAGUGCCCCCCGCGGGGGGUCCGGGGCCCGGGGGUCAAUUCGUGGAGUGGAACGACGGCCUCGGGCACUACAUCAACAACUCCUUCCCGGCCAACUUCACCGAGUACGCCCAGACCAAUUCCACCGACGACAUCAAUUCCUUCUUCUUCUAUGAGAAGGAGCAAUUUGCAGUGCUUUGGAUCCUGUUCACGAGCAUAGUGCUCGGGAACACAGCAGUUUUGGUGGCCUUAUUCUUUAGCAAGUCUCGAAAAUCUAGGAUGAAUUUUUUUAUCAUGCAACUAGCUCUCGCAGAUCUCCUAGUCGGUCUCAUUAGUGUGCUGACAGACAUUCUUUGGAGGAUGUCGGUUUCCUGGAAAGCGGGAAACCUAGCUUGCAAACUAAUUAGAUUUUUACAGGCGAUGGUGACGUAUUCGUCGACGUACGUGCUCGUGGCGCUGAGCAUCGACAGGUUUGACGCCAUCACCCACCCGAUGAACUUCUCCGGCAGCUGGCGGAGAGCGCGGCUUCUCGUUCUCUUCGCGUGGGCUCUCAGCGCCUUGUUCUCCUCGCCGCUCAUCGUCCUCUUCGAGGAACGACUCAUAGAAGAGAAGCUGCAGUGCUGGAUCGACUUCUCGUCGCAGUGGCAGUGGCAAGUGUACAUGACGUUGGUGGCGACGACGCUGUUCGUCAUCCCGGCGGUGAUCAUCACGGCCUGCUACACCGUCAUCGUCUACACGAUCUGGUCCAAGAGCAAGACCCUCUCCCCCAUCAAACGGGCCGAGUGCACCAAAAAUGGGGAAAUCGAGCCAGAUAUCCGGAGAUCUAGUUCCAGAGGGAUCAUCCCUAGAGCAAAAAUCAAAACCGUCAAGAUGACUUUCGUUAUAGUCAUAGUUUUUAUUCUUUGCUGGAGUCCGUACAUCGUAUUCGACUUGCUCCAAGUUUACGGGUACAUCCCGCGGACUCAGACCAACAUCGCAGUCGCGACGUUCAUUCAAAGUUUGGCACCGCUCAACUCGGCCGCCAAUCCCAUCAUUUAUUGUCUCUUCUCCACGCAUACGUGCAGGACGUUGAGGCGACUACCUCCGCUGUCGUGGAUUCCAUGCUGCUGGAAGGCGAGCACGGAUUCUAGCAGCUACACGGAAACUCUGACGUCAUCGAAUCGACAGGCAAGCUCAUCCCUUCUGCGCAGCAACACCACUCAAAUCAGGCCCAUCCUCCGCACAACCAUCGUAAAUAACAAUAAUAACAAUAACAACACCGAGGAUUCACUUCUGUAAUACACGCCCAACAACAUCUUCCAGGAGUCACUAUUGGGAAACUGUUUGUCUUCUGCUGCUGUAUGUUCAGAGAAUGCCAAAUAAAUUUCUAGUCAUUGCAGAAAUUGUACAGCUCUUUACUUAGGUACCUUCAUUUAUUCCCGUGCUGAACUCUCUGGACUUAAUAAAGUUGUAAAAAUAUAUUUUAAAAAAUUGUGUAGUAAGAUUUUCCUGGUGUCUUCGAUGUCACGUUGUUUUUGAAGGCCCACAGAUUACUUCCAUGUCAGGAUUGGCCUUCUUGUAAGUUUCUAAACUACAGAGAAAUAAAAUGAGGUCAAAAGUUUGACUGUUGUGUUUUUAAAGUGCUUCAACUCCGUUCUCAAAUUUGAGAUGAAAAAUCUGUAAUAAAGACCAAAGUAUAUACUACCCAAUUUACGGAGACUUGAAUAGGUAGCAUAGCCAAAGAAACAUUUUAUUGUUGGUUUUGAAUCACAACGAAAGAAAUAUUCAAGCGAGGGCUAUUUAGAAUACAUCUGAUAUAUAUACUGUAGCCCUACUACCAAUUAUACAAUUGUGCAGCUAAACAAAUCUAAAAUCGCUGUCUAAGAGUUUACAGGUUGAAAAAUUAGGGAAGUCUUCAGCAAAGAUUAGGAGAUUUCAUGUACUAAAGGCAUCCCUCCAUUCAAGAUAUUUUUUCACGAAUUAUUUCAAUUUUUGAGUAUGGAAAAAACAAUUGUAUACUCGUGAUACUUAAGUUCAUUUGCUUCGACUUUAAAAUUUUCAUUUUCGAUUCACUCUUCCUUGAAUUUUUCCUUGCUAAAAAGCAUAGGAAGAUUUUUAAUAUUUUUCCCUGAACAUUGCCCACAAAAUAGGAUUAAUGAGAAACACGGAAAAAAGUAAUGAAAUCAUUCACAUCUACUGCACUUAAAAUCGAUGACUCAAUUGAUUUCUAACUGCUCAUUUCACACCUUCAAUUUUUUUCCUCUGUAAGAAUAUUAUAAUUUCUACCUCUAUUAGUAAAUGAAAAACAUUUUUUACGACACAAAACUGGACCUGGCAACGGCAUUUGGCAAUAUUUAAACUGUAAAUAAUGUACAUAUUGACAGUGUGACUGAAAAUUAUAAAUAUUGAUUUAAAUUACUGUUUUUAUUCGUAAGUAUUUUGUGUGCUCUUUUGCUAGCUUCGAAACUUUCCUUGUUCCUCAGUCACUCAAAAUGGAGUCGAACUUUUCAACAAAUAUAGAGCAAACAUUUCUAAUGCAAAUACAGGAAUCAUCCAACUAUUA